AUAUAACGGUUAUUAUUGUCUUUCAUUUUUGCAUACGCAUCACGUUCUAAUAUAUAAAUAUAUGUAUUCACUCCCUAAAAAUUCUCUCAUCCUUUGAACAUUUCUUCAGUGCCUCUCUUGCCCUACCCAAAAACAAGGAUCUUCUACUCUCUCUCUCUUUCAGACCUCUCUCUCUCUCUCCCUUUUGUUUUCUCAUCAUUGUGGAAGGUUCAUCUCUCACUUGGGGGGGCACUAUGGCGAAUGCAGCGUCGGGAAUGGCUGUGAAUGAUGAGUGCAAGCUCAAGUUCUUGGAGCUAAAGACAAAGAGGAACUACAGAUUCAUAGUGUUUAAGAUUGAUGAAACAAUCCAACAAGUGAAGGUAGAGAAAUUGGGGAGUCCUGAGGAAACCUAUGAAGAUUUCACCAACAAUUUGCCUGCAGAUGAGUGCAGAUAUGCUGUGUUUGAUUUGGAUUUCACAACCAAUGAGAAUUGCCAGAAAAGCAAGAUCUUUUUCAUUGCAUGGGCACCAGACACAUCAAGAAUAAGGAGUAAAAUGCUGUAUGCAAGCUCCAAAGACAGAUUCAAGAGAGAACUAGAUGGGAUUCAAGUCGAAUUGCAGGCAACCGAUCCAAGCGAAAUGAGCUUCGACAUCAUCAAAGCUCGUGCUCUCUGAAUUCUCCAACUAUCCUCAGUGUCGCUAACUCUUUUUGCUAGCGCAAUAUUUUACUUGAACAACUUUUUUUUUGUUAAAUUUCACUGAAUGGAAUGUGACGGUUCAUUUUACAUUCCUAUGUUGUAUUGAUGUUUGCCUUCACAUUUUAGUCUUUCAAUUUAGAAUGAGUACUUUCUUAUCAUGUUAGAAGAUUGUGGCUUUGUAUUUAAAAUUUUAUGUUGUUAUUAUCAUAAUUUUCUCUGUUCAAUUCAUUUCCAGGAA